AUGGCUACGACUUGCAUGCCGUCUGCAUUGAUGUGCAGUAAUGAUUCGGAGUGGUGGGUGCCAUUGGAGGCAGUCUCCUUCAACACUGCUUUUCCUGAGCCGUUGUACUUGAAGGUCCAGCAGGACACAUCUGGCGAGUUUCGCGUUCUGGGUUUAGGUAUGGGAGAAAGUUCCGACUGCACAGGGCAUGGCUUGGUUCUGGGUGAUGCCCCGGCCAAACGUGUGGCCGUGGGCGCACUGCUGCAGACAAGCCCUGCCGCCGCCGAUGUGUGCUUGAGCAAGGAUGCUUCCGAUGAGAUUGGCGUGCCUGGUGCACUGACCCUUUGCGAGGGCACAAAUCCCUCAGUUGGGUCAGUUUUGCAUGGCACUGGUGGCUGCAAGCCAUGUGCGUGGUUCUGGAAAGAGCAGGGGUGCCACUGGGCUGCACGAUAA